AUGUUGCCAAAUCAAUUAUCCAAAGUCAACAACAAGAAGAAAAAUAUUGUUGAAGCAUUAAGAUAUGGAAUUAUGGUAGGAUUAAAGUUGAAACUGAGACAUAUAACAUAUAACUCAGACAGAAAUAUCAUGAACGAAGAAAAUGUAUUCUCAAAAGCAACAUCAUUAACAUUCUCACUCUCUCGAAAAUCCAAUCGAUUGGAAAUUGAAUCUACAUUUACGCUUGGAUAUCUUCGUCAAUUUCUACCAAAAGUGUUGUGCUUUUAUCGGAAAAGCAAGAGACGAGCGAAUAAAGUAAAUUAUAGCAAACAGUAUAAAGGAGAAACCGAGAAUGAAGCUCAUGGCGAUAGAAAGAGAUUUUUAUUUCUGUAUCCUAUUUUUAUCAGUAUUCAAAGUUCUGUCGUUGAAAACUUUCUACAUCGUUUGAUAUCAAAAGAAAUCAAACCUCUUAGAAAAAUAAUUAAGUUGAGAUUGCCACCAGCAAUAGAUAAUGAGACACUUUAA